AUGACCAUGAAGGUGAGUGCUAGUGUUGUUGCCCUAGUGUCCAUCCUCCUCAUGUUGGUCCCUCUCGCAGCUCGCGCCGACGAGUUCAUCGUCGGAGACGACCAACACUGGCGGUUCGGGCUCAAUUACACCGCUUGGGCUUACGAAUACACUUUCGUCUGGAACGACACACUAGUGUUCAAGUAUGAUCCUCCGAAUGGCACCAACAUCCCCCACAAUGUGGUGCUCUUCAAUAACAUUCACGAUUACGACGCUUGCAACAUAAACAAGUCGACGCUGCUGGCGAACGUGACGCAGGGCGCGGGCGAGGGAUUCAGAAUUCGCCUCCUCAAUUUGACGCCGUACUACUUCGCGUGCGGAAUCCACGAAGGGUUUCACUGCAGGAAUGGGACCAUGAAGUUCACCGUGAUCACACUGGACUAG